AUGCAAGCUGACUCGUCUUUCUAUAAACUCGACAUUAUCCUCCCUACUGGCCAAUUAAGUGUUCAGUCCUUUCAAGGUGCAACCCCAACCCAAAAUAUUUCAACUCUCAUAUUUCAAAGGCUGAUACAAAUUUUCGAUUUUCCAUAUCUUCCAUUUCUCCUCACUCAAGACCUCUCCCAUCAUGUCUGUGCACUUCUCUACUUUUCUCAAGACGAAGAAGGUUCUCAGAGCUCUUUUUUCAUACUAGAACAGCUUUUGACCCAAGGACUCCCUUCAAGCAGUCCAAUCCUAAUGGUAGAGCUUGGAGAUCCAGCCAACCCCGACUUUGUUUAUUUAUUGGCCCAUAUCCAAGACAGACCUGGCUUGGGAUCAUUUUUCUAUGCUUCAAAACUCGCGAUUUUUAAAUUUACGUAUACAGAGCUCUUCGGAGAAGGGAUGGACUCCAUUGUAAACUACAUUAAAGCUGCAAAGAUCGCAAGGGAUGAAAUUUUUUCUCAAACACUGGCUUUGAAAGAAGCCAUUGAACAGAAAAACAAAGAAAAUGCUCAAUAUGCACAGCUGAGUGGGUGCUUGUUUGGAAAAUUAAAAUUGAUGAAAGAACAGCAUGAAAGUUCUUCAGAGCAAAUAAGGCAUUUAAAUUCGCAGCUGAAAAGCCAACGCAAAGCAGGCCAAGAUGAACUGGAUCAAGACUUAGAGUGCUUGCUUUGUAGGAAUUCUGUCAAAAAUAUUGUGUUUUUACCUUGUGGGCAUAUUGUUGCUUGCAAGGAAUGUGUGAUUGAUCAGAUGAAGAUACAAUUAAAUACACCAACUGGGCGUCGAGCACAAGGUGUUUUAUGUCCUUUAUGCAAAACAAAGAUAAGAGAAGCAAGAGAAGUUUACUUCUAA